GCCACGUCCACGAGCGCUUCUGCGCGGGCACCAUCGAGUCACCACAGAAUCUCCACACACACUCUCUCAUCACUUCCUCUAGCCCGCAGCCCUUCACCUCGCUGAACACCUUCGCCGAUGGAUGACAACGACCCAAUCACCCAAUUCUUUCCAGGCGAGGAAGAUGUAGACCUCUAUGCCAUCUUGAACCUCACCUCAAGCGCCUCCUCUACUGAAAUAAAAUCCUCGUACCGGCGUCUAGCCCUUUCCUACCACCCAGACAAACAGCCCUCCUCCUCGACACCAGAACGAAAAUCGGCAGCUAACACAAAAUUCCAGCAAGUUGGGUUCGCUUAUGCUGUUCUCAGCGAUGAGUUGAGGAGGGCCAGGUAUGAUAGUACUGGGAGGACAAGCGAGAGUUUGUUCGAGAGUGUUGCGAGUGGCGAAAGUGGAUGGGAGGCAUAUUUCGAGGAGGUUUAUCAGAGUGUUUCGAGGGAGAGACUGGAUGAGGAUAAAGCGCGUUAUCAAGGCUCAGAAGAAGAAAAAUCCGAUAUCAAACAAGCCUACAUCACAACAAAAGGCUCGCUUGACAAAAUCAUGACCCAUAUUCCGCAUUCAGCUUUCCAAGAUGAACCUCGUAUCAUUUCAACUGUUGAAUCUCUCAUCGAAGCAGGUGAACUGAAGUCAACAAGUACGUGGAAACGCUCUGUUAAGGACGAGAAAACAAGAGAGGCGAGAAGGAAAGCGAGUGAAAAGGAGGCGAAGGAGGCUGAAGAGGCUGCGAAGGAAUUGGGAGUUUGGGACGAAUUUUAUGGGAGUGGGAAGAAGACGGAGAAAGACGCCAAAAGGGGGAAGAAAGGUUCUACCAGUAAGGAUGUGAAGGGAGACGGCGCCGAAGCGGAGGAAGAUGCCGAAGAAAGCGUCCUUAAAGCGCUUAUCCAGCGUAAAGCGAAGAAAAUGGACGCUUUCUUCGAUGGACUUGCUGCGAAAUAUGGUGCAAUGGAAGAGAGUCAAACUCGAUCCAAAUCGAAGAAAAAUUCCAAGGCGAAGACCUCUCUCGGGAAACGGGGUUUGGGCUCUGAUGAAGGCGAGGAAGGAGAAGAGGGGGAAGCUGAAGCAUCGUCCCCCAGGAAGAGAAGUAGGGUUGGCAACGGUGUACAGCCCCCGCCGGAUAUGAAUGAUGAGGAGUUCGAAGCUCUACAGAAGGAGAUGUUUGGUGAAAGGGGGAAGGGGAAAGGGAAGAAGGGCGAGAGUAGUGGGGUGGGGUCGACGAUGGGCGCUACCGAACGGAAAGGCCGGGGAAGGAAGGCGAAGUAAUUGCGCCUAGUCUCACUUUUGACAUUAUCUUGGAUCGAGCUUGUAGUUUGAUGAUUGUACUCCAAAGAGCGUUGUAAUCUAGCACACGUCAUCCCUAUCAUUAUCGCAACAACUAUUUAUCUGCGAAUACGAAGAGCAUAGAUAUACGCCACGCUGAUCAGGAGCCAAUUCUACGAUGUAUCCAACUCGCAAACCAUCACUUCACCAAAGGCCCUCGCUUCCCUUCCCUGAUCUUCUCUCCCCUCAAAACCCUUUCUCUAACUCUGACGUACCCUUUCCAAACACUUUUCCAUUCCCUCUCGAGAACUUCUUCAUCGUACCCUUCCACUCCACCCGCCCAAGCUAACGCCCGUUCGAAAUCCUCUAGACUCUCCUCGUAUUUGUGGAGUUCUUCGAGGAGCAGGGCUGUAAGGUUUAGGGCAUACGUGGUUGAGCGUUUAGAUUGGCGGAGGAGCGUGGUGGAAGGGUAGGCUAGGG